AUGACCGCCGCCGCCGCACCGGGCCUCCAGCCCUUGACCCUCCUGGCAGGCUUCACCUACUACUCCCUCCUCGGAACCUACCUCGACACAGCCCUCCUCCUCGUCUUCACAUCCUAUCGCAACAAGCGCCUCCUCGCAGACCUAAUCUCACCCUACGUAGACCCGCACCUCCUACGCAACCAGCUCCUCCUCCUCCCGGGCUUCCUCCUAGGUUUCGUUCUCUUACAGAUAUGCCGCUUCCUCCUAGGCCUUGAUGCUCCCACCGCGUCAGAAACGGAAUCGAGAAAGUGGAAGACGACGCCGGUGAAACCGCUCUUGAUCCCUUGUACCACGACACACAGGCGGACGUUUCCCGAGAAACACGCCUUUGUGUACUCGUACCUUGUCGUCGGCAUCCCCGUCGGGUGGAAGGGCAGCUACGGCGGCAUGGUCUCGUGCGACGUCGACGAGGCAGGCUGGUUAUCGUGGUUCUCGCUGGCGCCGCGGACGGCGGGACGGGCGUGGUUUCACGUGGAUCCGGCGGACUAUCUCGAGCGCGGGAACGGGCACCUUGGGUUGAGAGGGAAGCUUGAUGCGUAUCUCACUUCUCAGGGCGCGGAUCCAGCGCAGUAUCCCAACGCAUACCUCGUCACCGCAGCCCGGUUCCUGGGAUACCACUUCAACCCGGUGUCCUUUUGGUACCUCUACUCCAGGGACAAGGAGCUGACAGCCAUGGUGCUCGAAGUGAACAACACCUUUGAUGAGCGGAGGAUGUACUUUCUCACCACGGAUGCCUCCCCGUCAGAACAGCGUCUCGACGACGGUAGUAAUGGACUACAAGACGGCAUCGCAGCAGAGUCGGCCUCACAAGACGCAGAUGCAGAAUCCGCCGCCCAAAAGACGCAGCAGAUCAGGAUGACAAAAACCUGGCCAAAGGACUUCCACGUCUCCCCCUUCAACUCCCGCAAGGGAUCCUACGCCCUCUCCGCGACAGACUUCUUCCCACCACCACCACCACCGUCCGGCGCCGGUAUGGCAGGAGCCGACUACAAAUACACCCUCGACAGUACAAUAACCCUCUCCUCCUCAAAACACCACCCCAAAAUCGUCGCCCGUCUCUUCAACUCCGCCCCGGCCAUCGACCCAGCCACCAUGAACCCCUUCCAGAAAAUCGUCUUCCUCGCCCGCUGGUGGUGGGUAGGCUUCGUCACCUUCCCCCGCAUCGUCAAAGAAGCCGCCGUCCUCUCCCUCCGCAAGGGGCUGCACGUCUGGUUCCGCCCGGAACCCCUGAAAGAGAGCAUCGGACGGAAAGCCGACGCGACGGAGAGCCGGCUUGAGCCCGUUUUCCGGUCUUACCUCCGUCACCUGGUCGCGCAGUCCACGGCCGCCAUCGCCCUCACGUACAUUCCCGCGGGAAUCACUACCACUUCUGGAGCAGGAGGAGGAGGAGGAGGCCUCACAGAGACGAUGCUCUCGCCCGCCGCCCAAAAGAACCCGAAACGUGCAGAGCACCUCGACCUCAAAGUCCUCACCCCCGUCUUCUACGCCCGUUUCGUGCGCUACGCACACGACCUCGAGGCCAUCUGCUGCGAGUUCCAGGACAACGGUACGCUCUGGAUCUCGCAGCCAGAGGUCCUACCGAAGCUCAUUCUCAAAAAACCCGCGCCGCCACUAAAGACGACAAACAUUCUAGACUACGUCUAUUUCAGAGCCAUACGCGCCCUGCGGCAGAGGCCGGACCGCAUCGAGCGGCCACUGACCUCGGCCACGAAGUCUCCGGAAGCCAAGGACGGCGGCGCCGGCGCCGGCGUACAAAAAGUCGAUAUUCGCGACUUCCGCAUUUCCUCCAUGGACGGCUUCGUCCUCGGACAGACGGACAGGCAGACGCGGAGUGUGUACAGAUCGCUCGUGCUACGAUCAUUUCUCGCCGACCGACUUGCGCUGGGGAGCGUGGAGCUCCUAGAUUUGCAGCACUUGAUCCUGCGCGCGGGCGUCGCUUGGGUCUUGUCGUCUACCGUCGCUCCGCUCAUGAGGUUAUGA